GAUCGAACGGGAUAGCGCGCGAAGAUAAGGCAGAGGAGGGUUCCUGGGCCCCGACAGCCGUGUAAAUAGUCGUAAACCCGCAACAGCCCCAAGCCUCUGCCCGCCCGUCCUUGCUCCCUUCCACCACCUCCCCAUCCUCCAUCGUCGCAGACAUGGCCCUCUACCGCCCCGACCUGUUGGCUCCUUUCCUUGCCCUGCCCCAGGGCGACAAGAUCCAGGCUGAGUACGUCUGGAUCGACGGCGAUGGCGGUCUCCGUUCCAAAACCACGACUGUCACCAAAAAGGUGACCGACAUCGGGCAGCUCCGCAUCUGGGACUUCGACGGUUCCUCCACCAACCAGUCCCCUGGCAAUGACUCCGACGACCCCUUCCGCGGCGGCGACAACAUCAUCGUCCUCGCCGAGUGCUACAACAACGACGGCACCCCCAACAGGACCAACUACCGCCACCACGCCAAGAAGGUCAUGGACCUUGCCAAGGACUUCGUUCCCUGGUUCGGUCUCGAGCAGGAGUACACCCUCUUCGACAUGGACGGCACGCCCCUCGGUUGGCCGAAGGGUGGUUUCCCUGGCCCCCAGGGUCCCUACUACUGCGGUGCCGGCGCGGGCAAGGUCUUCGCCCGUGACCUGAUUGAGGCCCACUACCGCGCCUGCCUCUACGCCGGUGUGAACAUUUCCGGUAUCAACGCGGAGGUCAUGCCCUCCCAGUGGGAGUUCCAGGUCGGCCCGUGCGAGGGCAUCUCCAUGGGUGACCACCUCUGGAUGGCCCGUUACCUGCUCGUCCGCAUCGCCGAGCAGUGGGGCGUCAAGGUCUCCUUCCACCCCAAGCCCCUCUCGGGCGACUGGAACGGCGCCGGCUGCCACACCAACUACUCCACCAAGGCGAUGCGCGAGCCCGGAGGCAUGAAGCACAUCGAGGAGGCCAUCGAGAAGAUGAGCAAGCGUCACAUGGAGCACAUCGCGGUGUACGGCGAGGACAACGACCUCCGUCUCACCGGCCGUCAUGAGACUGGCCACAUUGGCACCUUCAGCUCCGGCGUUGCCAACCGUGGCGCGUCUAUCCGUAUCCCCAGGCAUGUCGGUGCCCAGGGUUACGGCUACCUCGAGGAUAGGCGUCCUGCCUCUAACAUCGACCCUUACCGCGUCACCGACAUCAUUGUGGAGACGACCUGCCUCGACAUCAAGUAGAGGAGAAAAGUGCCGGUUCCGGCGUAGAAGUCAAACGAAUUGUGUAGCAGCAGAUCACCCUUUGGUUUCUCCGGCGACAGCCUCGUCGCAUCCUAGUGUUCAUCCACUAUAACUAUAUAUAUGCGCUGUUCCCUUGUGUUCUAC